UCAGUUCGCGCUGCGGAAGCAAAUUUCAAGAUGGACUCCUUGCUGCGUAACUAUGCGGACUCGGAUCAAUCGCAGGAAAUGGAGACCAAGCGGGAACACACCGCGUCACCGACCGGUUCAUCGUCCACGGAAUCAUCGCCCAGCGAACGGAAAACACGCAAGCCGCACCGCCCCGAUGAAGGUCACAGCAAGCGCAAAAAGGAUGAAACUCCACCACCCAAACGGACGACCAAACCCCGGAAGGUGCCCAAAAAGAAAUCUCCCUCCUCCUCGUCAUCAGAAGAGCAGCAGCAGCGUGUUUCGAGCGACAGUUCUUCGUCGUCGUCCGAUUCGGACUCGGGCGGCUCAAAGUCUCGAUCCCGCAGUCCCGUUCCCGUGAAGGGCAGUCGCAACGGGGCGAACGCUAGAAAACAGACAAAUAGCAGCGACAAAUCUGGCAAAGCCAGCCGCAAGUCACGUACGCCACCAAAUCAAAGCCGCCGAGAGCCGGCGGCGGCAACAUACGAUGGUGGCCACAGAAAUAAGAGCCCAGCGAAGACACAGCAUGACAGGAAACGAUCGUCACCUCCACCGAAAAGCUCGGACAAUCGUCGGCGCGAUCGCAGCAAGUCUCGCGAACGCGAGCGUAAAACCCGUGAUAAUCGAGAUCAGCGAGAUCGUGAACGGAAUAGAAAUCGGGAAAGAAGCCGCGAACGAGAGCGCGAUCGGGACCGCGAACGUGAUCGUGAGCGAGAACGCGAUCGCAACCGUGGGGAUAAAGAUCGUUCCCGCAAUCGCCACGAACGGGACGACGAGCGCGAUAGGGACCGGAACCGUCGCGAUUCCUUCAAUCGCGGCAAAUGGAAUAAUCGUGCUGAGGGCCGCAAAGAUGGUCGCAGCUACGACCGCAAGCAGGACGAUCGCAGAGACCGGCGUAGCAGUGACCACGACAAGGAUCGACGCAGAAGUCGCCGUUCGAAUUCCCGUGACUCACGCAACACCCGCCGGCGCCAAUCGCCGGAUGAGCGAGCAUCUCGCGCCCGUAGCUCACGUUCGCGCUCACGAUCUCACUCACCGCCGUCGUCAUCGGUGGGGCGCACGCCUGUCCUUCCGGCAACCAAGGGCGCCGGUUUACUGCCGACACCUCCAACCCGUUUCUUCAACGACCCGAUGCUACCAAAACCACCCACCUCGUCGUUACUUCCGACCCCGCCCGUUGCGCAAGCGCUACUUGCAGCAGCCAGUGCCAGCUCGACGGUCGGCAUCCCGGCCCUCAUGAGCAUCCCGACCAAUCCGCCAAUGUUAACCUCGUUGAUUCCGGCGGCGGUGGCCGUUAAGUUAAAUCUCCCCAGCGAAGCGAAUCCGCCGCUACCGCUUGUCGUCACCCCGCUCGAGGCGGCAGCCAACAAUGCGGCGGCCACCAGCGCGGCCCUACUGUCGCGUACUGCCCUGCUUCGCAACACCGCCAAAGCGGCCCAGCUCGAGAAGAUGGGUAUCGACGUGCUGCAGCAGAGCCAAAAAGCGGUGGACAAUGUGCCGCUGCCGUCGUACUACAAUCCCGGCGUCGUGAACCCGGUCCGGUAUGCCGAUCAGGUGCAGAAACGGAAACUGCUCUGGAGCCACAAGACGAACGAAAGCAAGGAAGUGUCGUCGAACAUCAGUAAGUGGGAACAGGCCAAGUUCGCGCAGGACACCGACGGUAAGGUGGCAUCCAAGUUCCUGCGUUUGAUGGGCGUGAAGGAGCCAAAGGCGGGCGAAGAAGGUGCCGGUGCCUCGCCCUACGCGGGAUCUCAAUCGGUGCACGGUGCUCCUGCUGCGACCGUUGCUGACGUCAGCGGUUCUCCUGCUGCUGGUGGUAACCACAGCGGUGGCAGCCACGCGAUCGCGGGCAAACCACCGACCGGUGAUAGUAUUAAAAAGCAGGAGGAACUGUUUUCCACCAUGGAGCAACAGUACGAAGUGGCCCGCCAGGUCACACACACGAUGCGAGGCGUCGGGCUCGGAUUCAGCUCGCAGGCACGUCAAUUUUAAACGCCAUCCUAGCGCGUUGUUUCGAUUGUUGUUCUGAAUUAGAGUUAGCUGCAGCGGAACAAUGCAACCACCAUUAACAGAGUUACUUCAAAGAGUGUCAGUCAGUGUGCUAGCGAAGGUCACGAAAUAUGAUGAACCGGAAAUAUAAUAAAACACGAAAUAAGUC